AUGGCCCCUUCAAUGUCCGAAAAGGCUCAGACCGUGACAGACGCUGCCUCUGUCCGGAGUACUUCGACCAUGUCGAGUCUCAGGGCCCUGUUGCCUUCCCGGAAGACCGAUUCCGACAAGAAGCAGAAGCGUCAAUCGAAGGCCGAGACGACUGAGGGCAGGGCCGUCAGGAUGCAGGCCAGGGCGGAUUAUAUGGCCAUGAGAUAA